AUGUCCACCCCCGACGACACAAUCAAAGGCGGCGAGAGCGACAGCCAGGUGCACCACGACGACCUCAUCGCCGUCGCAGCGUCGCACCGCAAGAUUGCCAACCCGCUGCCGUCGGGCGCAUACGGCUUCGCCACGACGUUGCUCCUCUUUUCGCUCUACACGCUCCACGUGGCCGAGAUCGAGCUGUCGCAUGGCCUUCUCACCAUGUCGCUAACUUUCGGCGGCCUGGCUCAAUUCUUUGCCGGCCUGUGGGAGUUUGCGAGCGGCAACACCUUUGGCGGCACGCUCUUUGUGUGCUACUCGGCCUUUUGGUGGGGCUACAGCAUCAUCCUCAUUCCCUUCUUCGGCCUCACGGGCACCUACGACGGCCAGCCCAACGUCUACUCGCCCCAGGGCAUGGGUGCUGCCGAGGCCAGCGAGGCCAUCGGUCUCUUUCUGUGGAUCUGGUUUGGCAUCACAACGCUGUUUCUCCUCUCGUCGUUCCGAAGCAGCGGUGCUACUGUCGUCUUUCUCGUUCUGCUUGAUCUGACCCUGGCCAUGCUCGCCGCCUACGGCUACACGGGCCACGCGGGCCUGGAGCGGGCGGGAGGCGCGCUCGGCGUGGCGGCUGCCUUUGUCCUCUACUACGUGGGCACGGCUGCCUUCCUGACAAAGAACACGAGCUACUUUACGCUUCCCGUUGGAAAACUGUAA